AUGUCCGAAUACGCUCCGCCUGCAGGCCCGCCACCUCCGAAAGUCCCGGAAGGCUGGAAGGCUGUCUUCAACGAGCAGUACAAAGAAUGGUUCUAUGUAAAUCUCCAUACCAAACAGUCCACCUGGGAGAAGCCUACAGGACCUGCCCCUCGUCCAGACGAAGAUGCCCCUCCUGGCGCACCCCCUCCAUCAUACUCCUCCGGACCAAAUGAUCCUCAUGUGUCAGACGCAAAGAGGCCUUUAGAAUCAAAUAACCCCUACAAGCAUGAAAAUGAAACCGACGAGGAGAUGGCCAGGCGUUUGCAAAAUGAGGAAGACCACCCCUCAAAUUCCCGCGGCGCAAGCGAUGACUACUACAAUUCCGGCAACCAUGGAGGUCCAAAUCCUCCUGGUAUUCAAGGCGGAUAUCCAGGCGCGCCCUCUCCAUCAAAUCCGCUGCCUCCGAGACCCGAGAGCUCUGGCAAAUCCAAGGGCUUGUUCAGUAAGCUCCUAGGCAAAUCCAGCAGCAGUUCGCCGUACCCCCAACAUGCCCGACCCGGUGCCGGCUACCCUCCUCCUCCGGCUGGAUAUCAACCAGGUUAUCCACCCCAAGGCUAUCCCCCCCAAGGCUACGGUGGCUACCCACCUCAAGGCUAUGGCGGUUAUCCCCCGGGGGGUUACGGCGGCGGAUAUGGAGCGCCACCGCGAAAGUCUGGCGGUCUUGGUGCUGGUGGCGCCGCCGCCUUGGGUCUCGGAGGUGGUCUGCUUGGUGGUGCCCUUCUGGCUGACGCCAUCAACGACGGCGAUCAAGACGCGUACCAGGAAGGCUACGAAGAUGGUGCCGGUGGUGGCGACUUCGAUGGUGGCGAUUUCUAA